GUGGUCCCGGCAGCGGGGUAGGGCCCGGGUGGGAGGUCCGAACGCCAAGCCCGGCCCCGAGAGCCCCCCAAUAACGGUCGAAGUUAAGAAGGCCCCUUAGUCAUCCCCUUCCAAUAUCCUUGUUUUUACAGAAGGGGAAACUGAGGCCCAAGGAAAUUUGGUACUUUGCCCCAAGUUACAAAUCCGAGUCCGACCCAGACCCUGGAACCCUUACUCUCCCCAUUCCCGGGAAGAAUCUUCCCCGUCCUUGUUUUCCCUUUCAGGCAGGGCCUGACGGUACCCAGUGCCAUUAUACAGAUGAAGAGUCUGAGGCCAGAAAGUUCACAUCCCAGCCUUGCGUGUCUGUAGGCAAGGUGGCCUGGGAGGGAGUGAUUGUGAGAGUGUAGUAGGAGACUUGCAGAAGGGACCUUGGCCCCAGACCCAGCCUUUGAGCCAGGCUUGCACCUGCCCACCUUUCAGGCCUCAGCCUAGCCCCCCAGUGAAGGGCAGGCUCACCCCAAAUUCCUUAGUGGGACCCCAAGCCAAUGUUACAUCUUUCGGUGAACACAUAUAAAGUGCUGGGGCACUUGAGGAUGAGUGAGCUCAGACCGCCUGCCUGGGGGGACAGAAAGGCCAACAUGUGCUUAUAAGUUAGGAUGAGAUCCCUGGUGUGAGGGGCCAGAGGAGAGCAAGGGGACAUUUAUGCUAGGCUUCAAAGGAUGAAUAGGAGUUUGCGUGUUAGAGAGACAGAUAGAAGGACAUUGCAGGCAGAGGAGCUUUCCACUUUUUUCCUGCUGGAAGCUGGCAGCAUCCAGCCCCAGGACCACCCUCGAGCACCCUCAGCAAAGCCAUCACACCGGCUGCUGACCCAUGCCUUGGGCCACACGGCCCUGCCGGGCCUGCUCCUGAGCCUGCUGCUCCUGCCGGCGCUGGGCUGGCAGCAGGAGUGCCACCUGGGCACCCUGCGGUUCCUGCACGCCUCUGCCCUGCUUGCCCUGGUGGCUGGGCUGCUGGUUGUGUUGCUGGCGGCCCUUGGGGUGCCCCACGCGACCGGCGGCUGCGGCUAUAUGCCCGUCCACCUGGCCAUGCUGGCUGGGCAGAGCCACUGCUCCAGACGGCCCCGCGGGGCGCUGCCGCCGUGGCUGCUGCCAUGGCUGCUGCUGACCCUGACGCCGCUGCUCAGCUCCGAGCCGCCCUUCCUGCAGCUCCUCUGCGGCCUCCUCGCCGGCCUAGCCUACGCGGCCGGGGCCUUCCGGUGGCUGGAGCUCUCGGAGCGGCGGCUGCAGGUGCUGCAGGAGGGCGGCCUGUGCAGGGUGCUGGCUGGGUGCUGGCCCCUGAGGCUCCUUCCUGCCCCAGGCAGCCCUCCUGAGCUACCUCUCACCCAUGCCCCCAGAGCCAGGCCUGCGGUCCCUGGCCCUGCUCACGUGGCCUCCCCUGGCCUCCGGGUCCACAGCGAUGGUGCAGCCCCUCGCCCGCCAGGCCUGGGGUCCAUGCAGCUGACCCGGGAUGGCUCCUCCGAGGUGGGCCUGGUGUGGGCCGCGCCUGGCUUCCCCCCAGAGGCCCCGCUGUGGGCAACCCUAGACGAGCAGAUGCUGCAGGAAGGGAUUCAGGCCUCGCUCCAUGAGGGGCCAGCCCAGGAGCCCACAAGCCCACUGUGGCUGCCGAAGUCCUCCGUCUCCUCACUGCGGCUGCAGCAGCUUGAGCGCAUGGGCUUCCCCACGGAGCAGGCGGUGGUGGCGCUGGCAGCCACCGGCCGCGUGGAGGGUGCCGUAUCACUGCUGGUUGGGGGACAGGUGGGGGCCGAGGCCCUGGUGACGGAGGGGAGGGGACAGCCUGCCGACCCUGAGGGUCCCGGACCCCCUUAACCCAGGCAGAGAGUGGGGUACAGGUAGGCGUGAGGUGAUAAGAGGCCUGGUCUGCUGGGCAGGGAGCCUGAGCCCCUGUGCUGUCCACUGAGGGUCCUGACAAGGGGCGCAAGGCCACCUCUGGGGGCAGGAGAGGGCCCUCAGCACCCUGCCCUGUCACUUGUUUAAAAUAAAAACCAGUUUGUUUUUCAA